AACACACUCCAUAAUCGGUAUAAACUUUUCUCAGUUCUCAGUUCAUAUUUGUUGAUGUGCUCAUAAACCUUAAAAUCCCUAGGGUUUUACCUUUCUUUGUUAUCUUCUUCUCCAUAGCAACCACAAGAAAAUACUCCAACAAUGUCAGACUAUUUGCCUCCUAACUUGAUAACUGCAAUCCUUUGCAGGCUGCCUGUCGAAAGCCUUUUACGAUUCAGGUGUGUUUCGAAGCAAUGGUGUUCUCUUAUAUCGUCUCCUCAUUUAAUCUCCACUCACUUAUCUCACUCGGGUUAUCCCCUUUUGCUCCUUCGCCACCUUUCUACCAGAACCAAGAAUCAAGAACACUACUCUGUUUACCUGGAUUCUUUAAAAACUGAAAACUUUGCUCCUGUUAAAGAACUUAACUUUCCUUUCAAGACUAGGUCUGGAAAUCAGUUUAGAGUUGUGGGGUUUUGUAAUGGUUUGUUUUGUCUCUCUGAUGAUCUUUUUGGGUACACUUAUACUAUUGUUCUUUGGAAUCCCGCUAUUCGCAAAAGUGUCACCCUUCCUAAGCCUCGUGUUCACUUUGGUCCGUAUGGGCCGUACAUGUUUUGUCUUGGAUUUGGGUUUGAUAGGAAAAAUUGUGAUUUUAAGGUGGUGAGGAUAGCUUAUUUGCAGAACAAGUAUGGUGCUUAUUCAGUAUUGCCUCCUGAAGUUGAGGUUUAUAGUUUAAGUAGUGGUUUGUGGAGAACAGUUGACUCGAAGGACGUUCGUUGUAAGAUUAUUGAGUAUUUCUAUAGUAGUGUUUAUCUAAAUGGGGCUAUUCACUGGAUUUGUUGUGUUAAGAAUGAUGAUGGGGAGUUUACUAGUAGCUUGUUGGUGUUUGAUCUAACUGAUGAGAAAUUUAGUGAAAUGUGUUUGCCACGAGAGCUAGUUCAUGUUUCUCCAUUGGAUUUGUCUGUUAGCUUGUGUGAGGGUCAAAUUUCUAUGUUUUGGUAUGAAAAGGGUCGUGAUAAUGGUGAAUCGUGUGAUUUCUGUGCUGUUUGGGUUAUGAACCAGUAUGGUGAAGUGGAAUCGUGGACUAAGAAAUUUGUAGUUGUUUUGGAGGGAGGGCUAUCACAUGCUAUUGGGUUCAGGGGAAACGGGGAAUUUCUGGUAGAGAAGUUUGUUGGGGAUCUUAUGUCAUAUGAUCCCGAGAGAAAGGAAUUUAAGGAUCUUGGUAUCCAUGGUGGGAAAGAUUCGUUUUUCUUGAGCCAAUAUGCUGAGAGUUUAGUGUUGCUUGACGGAAGCAGUGGGGCUGUAUCUGAUCCUUCCGUCGCAUCUGAUGCUGAAGAGACUGAUUCUGGACUCAGUGAGGGGGGGCUGUUGCAGGAGUGGUAUUGUAGUGCCCUUUACGCAAAAGUUAGUCUUUGUGAUUAGCCUUAUAUUCGGUUCUCCGUGUGUUUUGCUUUUGACUAGCUAUAAAAAUCAAAUCCUAGUGAUACUAAUUUGAAAACUGGUGCAGCAUAGUUUGUGAGAAUUAUAUAGUUUAUCAACUGAUAUAGUAGUAUUAUGGAAUGGUGAGGCAGCCUUGCCUCGUUGCAUAUGUUAGUUUGCUAGUAGUGAGUAGUGACCUUGUAAUCAGUUCUACUAUGCACCUCUUUUGCCAUUCUGAAACUGAUCUUUAUUUUUGUUAUAUUUCUGGUUUUUCAGUUAUUGCUUUUGUUG